UACUCAGCACACACUACCUCAUUCACGCUUUAGUUCAUGAGUUUAAUCUCCCACGUUUCUCUCUCAUUUGCUCAUUUAUUGAUUGCCUCAUAAGUCAGUAGUAUUAGUUCUGGUUCUGGGCUCACAUUUCAGUCUCUCUGCCUCAAAUGUCCUUUUAAUCUAUAUAUAACUCUGCUCUGAGUCUCAGGUGAUGUAGUUGCAAAGCUCAUACAACAUUCUCUGUGAGUUGUGAAUUUCUAUGUGUUUUUUGCUCCAAAGGGUCUUUCUUGAAUAAUGUAAUCUUGAUUCAAGUGUUCAUCUUGGUUCUCUUCUCUGUUUGGUUAAUUCCCAUUUGCUCAGAACUGUUCUGAAUCAUUUCUAGCAUGAAUUCAAUCAUGGGUUCUCGCUAAUCUUUCUGAGUAGGAUUUCUUGUCUGGUUUUGUUCAAUCAGCAAAAGAAGGUCUCCUUUUGUGUUCUGUGAAUGCCCAUUUGCUUCAAAUUGUUCUAAGAGCUCCCACAUGCAGUUUCUGAUAAUGGGUUUUCGCUAAAUUGCUUCUUCUUGCUCUACCAAACAUUCAAGUUUGGAGCUUGAUUGUGACAUUUGCAGUUAAAGUUAACAAAUUUCUUCAAGUAUCUGGUUUUUUAAGCAUUCUUAUGCAUCUGUGCACUAUAGGAAGCUUUUCUGAUAAGAGAAAGGAGAGGUGAUGGAUCUAACUUUUGUCAGAGUCAACCGCUAGUUUUGAUCUGAGCAUAUGGGCGGUGCCUAUUCAUUUCGUUAGUUUUUCAACUUCCUGAGUCACUAUGAAUUCCAUUCGCUAAUUCACUGUGAUCCUGUACUUAUAUCAGCAUGGUGUCCAAGUAGUUAAAGUCAUUCCCAAUUUGAUUCUUUUAACAAAAGAAACUGUAUACUAGUCUAUUCUUUAUUGAUUCCUUGAAAUGUAAAUUUCAUCUACCCUUUUAGUCCAUUUGUCUAUGGACCUAAUUAAGGUUCUAUCUUACUUCAAAUGUUCAAUGAAUCAACAGUCUCCUUUACCGGUAUUUUUCCUCGUUAAGAUUCCUAUUAUGAUCAAGAAAUCAUUCUUUCUCCAUCCGUAAUUCUGUGCAUAUAUACUAAUGCAAACUUAGACACCAUACUGGCCUCUCGAGUCCAUAUCACUUAUUGCCCUGGUUACUUGUCACUCAAACAACAACGAGAAGGGUCUUCGUUCUUUCUUGUUCACAUAGUAUUGGACUUAUUAUGGAAGAAACGUUUGUUCCUUUUCGUGGGAUCAAGAAUGACCUCAAAGGAAGAAUUCUUUGCUACAAACAAGAUUGGACUGGUGGUUUACGAGCGGGUAUAAGGAUCUUGGCCCCAACAACAUACGUAUUCUUUGCUUCAACAAUUCCAGUUAUAUCUUUUGGGGAGCAGCUGGAAAGAACUACAAAUGGAACUUUGACUGCAGUACAGACUCUUGCAUCAACUGCAAUUUGUGGUGUUAUCCAUUCAGUUGUUGGAGGGCAGCCCCUGCUCAUACUAGGGGUGGCUGAACCAACAGUAUUGAUGUAUACAUUUAUGUUCAACUUUGCUAAGGACCGAAAGGAUUUGGGACAGGAACUCUUUUUAGCUUGGACUGGAUGGGUAUGUGUGUGGACAUCCAUUUUGCUCUUCUUGCUGGCCAUUCUGGGUGCUUGCUCUAUAAUCAAUAGGUUUACACGUAUUGCUGGUGAAUUAUUUGGUCUUCUUAUCGCAAUGCUUUUUAUGCAGCAGGCCAUAAGAGGAGUUGUAGAGGAAUUUGGCGUACCUGAAAGAGAAAAGCCAAAUCAGACUGCACUCCUACCUUCUUGGAGGUUUGGCAAUGGAAUGUUUGCAUUAGUUCUGUCAUUUGGCCUUCUAUUUACUGCAUUGAGAAGUCGUAAAGCUAGAUCGUGGCGUUAUGGCACAGGUUGGCUACGUGGAUUUAUAGCGGAUUAUGGAGUCCCACUUAUGGUUCUUGUAUGGACUGCUGUAUCUUACAUACCGGUUAAUGAUGUCCCAAAAGGAAUCCCAAGACGACUUUUCAGUCCAAAUCCAUGGUCUACUGGUGCAUACUCAAACUGGACAGUUAUCAAGGAGAUGAUGACUGUUCCUCCUUUAUAUAUAGUUGGAGCAUUUAUACCAGCAACUAUGAUUGCUGUGCUCUACUACUUCGAUCACAGUGUUGCAUCUCAACUUGCCCAACAGAAGGAGUUUAAUCUAAAGAAACCAACUUCAUAUCACUAUGACCUUCUCCUUCUCGGAUUUCUGGUCAUAUUGUGUGGGCUUAUUGGCAUUCCCCCUGCCAAUGGUGUAAUUCCACAAUCUCCUAUGCAUACAAAAAGCUUAGCUACUCUAAAACAUCAGCUUUUGCGGAAUAAGCUUGUAGUAACAGCAAGGAAUAGUAUACGCAAAAACUCAACUUUGAGUCAAUUAUACCGCAACAUGCAAGAAGCAUACAAUGAAAUGCAGACUCCACUAGUCUACCAACGUCCAUCUGCUCUGGGACUAAAAGAGCUGAAAGAAUCCACAGUCCAAUUAGCCUCAAGUACUGGCUACAUUGAUGCCCCUGUUGAUGAAACCGUUUUUGAUGUGGAUAAGGAUAUUGAUGAUCUUUUACCUAUUGAAGUAAAAGAGCAACGCCUCAGCAAUGUGCUUCAGGCAUUGCUGGCUGGUGGUUGUGUAGCUGCUAUGCCUCUUUUGAAGAAAAUCCCAACCUCAGUUCUUUGGGGUUAUUUUGCUUUUAUGGCAAUUGAAAGCUUGCCUGGAAACCAAUUCUGGGAGAGAAUAUUGUUUCUUUUCACUGCUCCAAGUCGAAGAUACAAGGUGCUGGAGAAGUAUCAUGGAACCUUUCUUGAGACUGUGCCUUUUAAAACAAUCGCGACCUUCACCUUGUUCCAGACAGCUUACUUGCUUCUGUGUUUUGGCCUAACAUGGAUCCCAAUUGCCGGGGUGCUCUUCCCGUUGUUGAUCAUGCUUCUAGUCCCAGUGCGGCAGUAUUUGCUCCCUAAGUUUUUUAAAAGGGCUCACCUUCAAGACCUGGAUGCUGCAGAAUACGAGGAAGCCCCUGCCGUUGCUUUCAACAUGUCCUUUGAAGAUCAGGAUGUUCAGGCAAGAAUAAAUAACAUGGAUGGUGGGGAAAUACUUGAUGAAAUUAUUACAAGAAGCCGCGGGGAGAUCCGCCGCACUCAGAGUCCAAAAGUAUCAAGUUUGACCCCUACUUCUUCACUAGAAGGUAUAAAAUCAGCUUAUAGCCCAAGGUUAACGCAGAGAGUAUACAGCCCCCGUUUAAAUGAACUGAGAGGAGAAAGAAGCCCCCGACUAAAUGUACAAGGUCACGAAACAGAACACACUCCCAGCCCCCGUUUGAAUGAACCAAGAGGAGAACAAAGCCCCCGAAUGCAUGGUCAGGGAAUCGAAACAGUGCAGACUCCCAGCCCUGGACCAUCUGUCCUUGGACAAAGCACUCCUGGCUCUUCAAGCUACAAAACCUAGGAGUGUGAUCCAGGUGGAUUAUUUGGCAAUGGUACUCGAGAGGUCAUGUGCUAGGUUCAUGUGUAACUAGGGAGUGCUCUUCGAACCUUUCCCGAUACUGUACGUUGUUUGUCACUGCUGCUCUUUCUUUUGUCUCCCAUAGAGGAUGGGAAGAGAAGAUUAUGUAAAAGCUGUAAUUAUAUGUACCAUUCUGUCAUUUGCCUAUGGAACUUACCGUGAA